UAAAAAAAAUAGUUUUUUGCUGAAAUGUUAAAUUAAAAUUAAUGUGAGUUACAUUGUCUUAUUUCGAGAGCAGAAUGUCAAAUCCUGGAACAUCGCCAGUAGGAUGGCUCAUAGUUCCUCUGAUAUUGUUGGUAAUUGCCUUACUCCUGGCACUUGCUGUUGUUUAUUUUAGAUCUUGUUACUCAUACUGGAGCUCACGAGGAGUGGGGAGUCCCGAUCCGGUUUGGGGACUAGGCAAUCUGUAUCCAAGACUCAGACCCACCAUGUGCAUGGCUGAAUUUGAUCGCUGGCUUUACAGAGAGUGUGGAGGAAGCAGGUUUUGUGGAUUUUACGAGUUUACACAGCCCGUGCUGAUGGUGGGAGACCCCGAACUGCUGAAGCAUAUCAUGAUUCGUGACUUUGAUCAUUUCUGUGAUCGCAGCUUUGUAACAUUCAAUGAUCCCGUAAUGGACCACAUGCUAUUGGGUCUCAAAGGCAACAUCUGGAAGCGAGUUCGCUCUGUCAUGACGCCCACCUUCAGUAGCGGAAAAAUCAAGCAGACCCUUGGACUUGUGAGAGACUGUGCAUCAAACCUCAUCACUUACUUCAACAAGAAACUUGACCAAAAUGUGUCCGUGUUCGAGAUGAAAGACGUCUACGGGAUGUUCACCAUGGAUACAAUUGCCAGUAUUGCAUUUGGCGUCAGCAGUGAUUCCCUCAAUAAUACUCAAGAUGAGUUUAGCGCUGCAGCAGCACGCUUCUUCGCAGAGCCGCAGUCGUGGCAGAAGCCGCUGCUGUGGCUGCAGUGGUGCGCUCCACAGCUCAUGCGGUCCCUGGGUCUUGCUUCUCUCAGUCGCACGCCUAUUCAUUUCUUCUCAAAGGUUGUGUCUGACACUAUGAACUACCGGCUACAGCAUCAACUUAGGCGCAAUGACUUCCUCCAGUUGCUUCUAGAUGCCAGACUCCAAGAAAAAACCAACAAUAACGAGAAAAAUAAUAGCAAAAAUAAAGCCUCUGCUCACCAUUGUUUCGAAGAGAGCAACGGAAGCAGCGCUAAUGCAACAGCAGGAGCCAAGCCUCCUCGAGCAAAGCUUGUGGACGGUCAACGUGAACAAAGUUUUGUGCCUGACUCAAUUUCUGCAGAAAAUUCCCAGGGCAUGCAAAACCAGGCUGAUUCCAGCUCUCAGAAAUCAACUGAUGCUACGGAGCCUGCACNCGUGUCUUAUUGCCUCGCCCUGCACCCUGCCGUGCAGCAGCGUCUCAUGGAGGAGGGCGAGAGGGUGCUGCAAGCCCACAACAACGUCGUGACGUACGAGGCUCUGCAGGAGAUGCCAUACCUGGACAUGGUUUUCUCUGAAACAUUACGGUUGUUCCCUCCCGCCCCGCGGGUUGAUCGACGCUGCACCAGAGACUACACCAUCCCGGGCACCCGCGUCACCAUCUCCGCCGGGACUAAAAUCACCAUCCCCAUCUACAGCAUCCACCGGGACGCUCGGCACUUCCCAGACCCGGACCGCUUCGACCCUGAGCGCUUCUCCGGACAGGGCAGGAGCCGUCCGCCCCCUGCCGUGUACAUGCCAUUCGGUAGCGGCCCGCGCAACUGCAUCGGUUUGUCAUGAUUUUCUGAACAUUUCAAUGGACAGUUGUUUGAAUUUAACCUCGUCCUCCUGCUGUUGCUGAGCGCCAUGGUCCUGAUCGCGGGAGGACCCGUCCCGUACUUCCACGCCAAACACAGAGCUCACCGACGCUACCUCGAAGACCGGUAUCCAGGUUAUGGAGGGUAUAGAGGUUAUGGAGGCUACAAAGCCUAUAAAGCCCAUAAAAAGGCCGAACAUGCCAGAAGAUCUUGGGCCUUUGAGGGCUUUGGAAACUUUUAA